CAAUCCUGUGCCUGUCGAGAAGUAAUUACCCCCUUGCGUCAACGGAUUUCUUCUGUGCGCUGAAGCUAGCGCGCGUCGUGUUCUGAUGCAACCAGAUCCGGAGGAAGAGCGCCCUGUCUCGACGCCCAAGAGACAGCGGACGGCUACUGUGAAUGCGGACCGUCAUGGAUCGCCCGAGAUCACGCCGCUGAGGCGCAUCAAGACCCCCCAGAAAGCCAGCGCCCCGACCCCGGCUGCCUUGAAGGAAUCGGGACUGAAGACACCAACGAACCGGUCCAAGGCCAAGGCCUUGUUCUCGACGCCAGCCAAGGCUGCGGCUCCUUCUACACCGUCUAGGGCGAAAAAUGCGGACCGGUCUGCGAAGAAGAAGAGCGUUCGGCUUCUUCAGGAGCAGGUCAAUGAUGACGAGGACGACUGGGAUGGGGCGGACCGUCUAGCAGAGGAGAUCUUAGACGACGACGAUGCGGAUCCAACUAUUGAGAAGGAGGAUGGGGUGGCUGAGACGGUGGAAGCAGAGUCCGGAGAGCCAGCGAAAAAGGGCGCAGCGGCAACUCCGAAGCGUCGGGCUGGACGACCCAAGGGUGCACGGAAUAAGCGUUCUCCAACACCUGAAGGCGAUCUCCCUCCGCACGAGCGAUACUUUUUCCAGAAUCGAGCCGGUCCCGCGCGAACGUCCAACACAACCCUCAACAAGCUGAAUCUGUUGACACACGAGGAAUACUUUGAAAAGCUACAGGGAUACACGGACCCGUGCCAAAAAGAGAAGACGUUCCUGCAAGAACUUCACCACCGGUCGUUCCCGCAGUGGGACUUUGAGUUUGACCAGGGAUUCAAUAUCUGUUUGUACGGAUAUGGCUCGAAACGACAGCUUCUACAGCAGUUCGCAGAUUGGCACUACCACCGCCACAGCUCCUCCCCGCCAGCCAUCGUCAUGGUCAACGGACAUACACCCGGCAUCUCUAUCCGAUCCAUCUUCGCAACGGUCGUGACCGCCGUGCUCGGAGCAGACAUCCCAUCGAAGAUGGGAUUCCAGCCCGUGGAAGUCCUCGAACUGCUACAGUCCUCGCUCAAGGCACGACCGUCCCAGAAGCCAAUCACGGUCCUCAUCAACUCGAUCGACGCUCCGCCUCUCCGCCGCGCCGCCAACCAGGCCCUCCUCGCCCGUCUCGCAGCGACGCCCAAGAUCCACUUACUCGCGACAACCGACACCCCGAACUGCUCGCUGAUGUGGGACAUCAGUCUCCGCGACCAGUUCAACUUUGCCUUCCACGACUGCACGACUUUCAUCCCGUUCGACGGGGAGUUCGACGUCGUGGAAGAGGUGCACAGCUUGCUAGGUCGGAAGGGCCGUCGCAUCGGCGGGAAAGACGGCGUUGAGUUCGUGCUCAAGAGUUUGCCCGAGAACGCGCAGAACCUGUACCGACUGCUUCUUACGGAGCUCGUGUCGAUGUCGGAUGGGGGCCGUCUGUCGGAGGAUGAGGAGGCCGGUAAUGGCCGUGAGGAUGCCGCCAACAAGGACGAUCUGGGCAUCGAGUUCCGCAUGCUGUACCAGAAGGCCGCGGAAGAGUUCAUCGCCUCGUCGGAGAUGAUGUUCCGGACUUUGCUGAAGGAGUUCCACGACCAUCAGAUGAUCACGUCGCGGAUUGAUACGAGCGGGAUGGAGAUCCUGGGGGUUCCGCUGUCGCAGCAGGAGAUGACGAGCAUGUUGGAAGACUUGGUGUUGGCGUAGGAGUUGCAAUUGCAAUUGCAAUCUGGCAAGAAAACGAAAGCAUGUAUAUAUGAUACCCUGUACACUAUUGGUACUAAAUUA